AUGGAGCCGUGGCGUUAUCCACCCCAACGCAUGAUUUUCGACCGACCACCCCCAUUGCUCACUUAUCGACAACCAGGACCACAUGGAAUGCCGGUGGAACCUCCCCCUAACUUCCUUCUCCCACCACCGCCCCCUCCUAUCCCAUCUCCAAUACUCGAUACCGCUUCAUCGGUAGUCUCCGCCUGGGAGGCUGAAUUUGGUCCAACCUUUCAACAACGACGAGAAGAGCUGGAUGCUAAGAGGCGAAUUUCUGUUGUUGAUUUUAAAAAGAAGCUUGUUAGAUGGAAGGAGCUAUUGGAAAAUGCCGGGAACGCCAGCCCUGGGGAAGAACUUGAAUGUCUUGAGCGAGAAUGUACCGAUCCUGAACUCCUGCAGAUAAUAAAGAGGAAAAUUGGAAGGAACCGGCGAAGGAAAAGAUUAGGUGAAGACAUACCGAUUGUGUUACCAACUAGUGUUGGAGAGGUUCUAUCACGACUGUCUUCAGCCGAUGCAUCCGAGCCGUCGCCGCUGCCAUCGUCAAGCCAGUGUAGUGCUCCUUUGAGGAAGACAGAAAAUACAGACGCAUUGCCCCUCACAAAGUACCUAUCGGGCUUGAAAAACGCAUCGGCCUUUUGUCAAGAAAAGUUACGGAUUUUGAACAAGUUGAAGUAUUUGCGCGAGGCGCGUGUCCUUCAAUUGCGAAAUCAAGGAAAGCUUAUUCCAGAAGAACUGGACGAAGACUUUGAAAAGAAAAGGCAUUUUAUUCAGUUGGAGAUCGAGUCGAUGCAAAAAACGAUCAACAGACUGAUGAGACGACUGGAGAGUGCGAAGCAGGGAUCGGUCCAAGAAACGCACCAGCCAGCGCUGUCAUCUGAUGACGCUGUGACACCGAGCGGUCUCCCGGAGGGUGUGCAUUAUCUCCUUUUUGGUUCGCGAAAUGCUGAAUGGGCCCUCUUCCAUCCUCCAAUAAUUAAGGCUUUGUUCUGUUUACCGCCUUUCAGACACCAACGUCCGUUGGAACAAGUUCUACUGUCAAGCGAACCGCAACUUCUGCGAUUUCCUACGAAUAAGCUAUACAUAACGAGGGGCUCUCAACUAGAUAUUACAGGUAUAGAGAGGGAUGCUGCCGUGAUGGUACUGCACGCAGUGAAUGCCUCAAGCAAAGUAAGGUGUGGUGAUACGACGCUCAACAUUAAGACGUCUGAAUGGUGCCGAGGUCGGGAGGUUGCACUUCUGUACUUUGCUUACGAUGUCGAUUGUGGUAAUUCGCGGCUCAUCAUCUCUGUGAACAUUCAGACGACGCGUGGAAUACUCGCCAAAUUGCUGCAUAACCCAUCUCGAUGGGAUGAAUAUCUGGUCCCUUCGGAUUCCAUGAAAAUGCAGGAUGUUGUGGAUUCCAGUAGACACCCUCCCUCACUCCUGCCUAUUACUUGGCAAUUACCUCCACCCUAA